GGAUCGCAGCGAUGUCGGAAGCUCCGAAAGCGUUAUAGACAUGAAUCAUGAUUGCGAAGAAGAUAUCUAGCCAGCCAUGAGACCUGUCCGAUGGCAAAUGGUCAACAUUAUCUCCCACCAGUUUAGAGUACUCAUACCAACUCAGUAACCAAAAUCGGGUUUUCCAAGACGCAUCUAAAGGAGUAUACAGACCAAAGAAACGCAACGCAAUGGCUCCCUCGGCAGUAGCAGAUGUACUACCUACUUCAUCAACACCGGUGCCUAUCCAUACCGAGACCAAAGAUGUCGACGCAAUGUCAGCGAUGGCUCACCGAGGCAAAGCCCUCCCGUCGAUCCCGAAAUUUGCCUCUCAUGCUGAGACGCGCCAGUGGCAGCUGGAACACAUGGCAGGGGCCUUCCGUGUCUUCGCGAGUGAGGGAUACGCAGAGGGUAUCUCAGGCCACAUCAGUGUGAGAGAUCCCGAGUACGAAGACCGAUUUUGGAUCAAUCCAUUGGGCGUCCAUUUUGGGAUGCUCAAGGCGAGCGACAUGAUAUGUGUCGACCUGAAUGGCGAAGUUGUCGGCGGCAACACCGCUGGCUCGAUCAACGCUGCUGGAUUCCAGAUCCACAGCGCGGUGCAUCGUGCCCGGCCCGACGUUCAUGCCAUCUGUCAUACGCACUCUGUUUGUGGGAAGGCAUGGUCGGCCUUCUCAAAGCCCCUUGAGAUGCUGAACCAAGACGUUUGCUACUUUUACAAUGCGCAUUCGGUCUACGCCGAUUAUGGUGGUAUUGCCAACGAAGCCUCCGAGGGCGAGAGGAUUGCCGCCAGUCUGGGAACAGGAAAAGCUGCGAUAUUGCUCAACCACGGGCUUUUGACUGUGGGUCAUACGGUGGAUGAGGCAGCGUACCUUUUCUGUUUGAUGGAGAGGAGUUGCAAAGUACAGCUCGCAGUCGAGGCUGCCGGACUCGAGAAGCACUUCGUUUCCGACGAGGAAGCAGCGUAUAAUUUUAGGAUGGCAAGCACUCCGGAGACGCUGUAUUGUGAAUUCCAGCCACAUCUGAAGUACGAAGAAUACAAGUGCCGAGGGGACUACAAGGCCUAAGUUCAGAAAGCCCAACUGGGACUGUUGACCUUUUGCCGGUAGCCCAGGAUAAAAUACCCAAUUAUCACAACAGUGAUCAGCUUUUGAAACUCCUCUAUAAAGCCCUAGAAAGCCCCUUGCGAUUAAAACUUGUUAUUGACUCUUAUAUGAUAUCUAUCAUGAGCUUUGCAGCUUCAAUUUUGCCGUAUAUGCAACUAUCUGUAGUUAGUGUGUCUUUAUCGGCUCGAGCAUGUUAAGCAAGACAACCGGACGGUCCUCAGUGGCAAUCAAGCGCUCCGAAGCUGACACUAAGUGUCCUUCUGGUCAG